AAUGAGCGAAGGAACCACGAGCUAGGGGGCGGGGAGAAGGCGGGACAUCAUGGCCGCCCCCAGUGCUCCGCGUCCGGGGUCUUGUGGGAGUUACCUUGACCUGCAGCUCCGCCACCGCGGACCCGCCUUCUGCCCUCAGCAGCAGACGGUCGGUCACGCCCGGGCAGCUCUGAGAGGCGGCGGCUGGAGAGGGAACCAUGGGGACUGUGCACGCCCGGAGUUUGGAGCCUCUUCCAUCAAGUGGACCUGAUUUUGGAGGAUUAGGAGAAGAAGCUGAAUUUGUUGAAGUUGAACCUGAAACUAAACAGGAAAUUCUUGAAAACAAAGAUGUGGUUGUUCAGCAUGUUCAUUUUGAUGGACUUGGAAGGACUAAAGAUGAUAUCAUCAUUUGUGAAAUUGGAGAUGUUUUCAAGGCCAAAAACCUAAUUGAGGUAAUGCGGAAAUCUCACGAAGCCCGUGAAAAAUUGCUCCGUCUUGGAAUUUUUAGACAAGUGGAUGUUUUGAUUGACACAUGUCAAGGUGAUGAUGCACUUCCAAAUGGGUUAGAUGUUACCUUUGAAGUAACUGAAUUAAGGAGAUUAACCGGCAGUUAUAACACCAUGGUUGGAAACAAUGAAGGCAGUAUGGUACUUGGCCUCAAGCUCCCUAAUCUUCUUGGUCGUGCAGAGAAGGUGACCUUUCAGUUUUCCUAUGGAACAAAAGAAACUUCGUAUGGCCUGUCCUUCUUCAAACCACGGCCUGGAAACUUCGAAAGAAAUUUCUCUGUAAACUUAUAUAAAGUUACUGGACAGUUCCCUUGGAGCUCACUGCGGGAGACAGACAGAGGAAUGUCAGCUGAGUACAGUUUUCCCAUAUGGAAGACCAGCCACACCGUCAAGUGGGAAGGCGUGUGGCGAGAACUGGGCUGCCUCUCCAGGACGGCGUCAUUUGCUGUUCGAAAAGAAAGCGGACAUUCACUGAAAUCAUCUCUUUCGCACGCCAUGGUCAUCGAUUCUCGGAAUUCUUCCAUCUUACCAAGAAGAGGUGCUUUGCUGAAAGUGAACCAGGAACUGGCAGGCUACACUGGCGGGGAUGUGAGCUUCAUCAAAGAAGAUUUUGAACUUCAGUUGAACAAGCAACUCAUAUUUGAUUCGGUUUUUUCGGCGUCUCUCUGGGGUGGAAUGUUGGUGCCCAUUGGUGAUAAGCCAUCAAGUAUUGCUGAUAGGUUUUACCUCGGGGGACCAACCAGCGUCCGCGGAUUCAGCAUGCACAGCAUCGGGCCACAGAGCGAAGGAGACUACCUAGGUGGAGAAGCGUAUUGGGCUGGCGGCCUGCACCUCUAUACCCCAUUACCUUUCCGGCCAGGCCAGGGUGGUUUUGGAGAACUUUUCCGAACACACUUCUUUCUCAACGCAGGAAACCUCUGCAACCUCAACUAUGGGGAGGGCCCCAAAGCCCACAUUCGUAAGCUGGCUGAGUGCAUCCGCUGGUCGUACGGGGCCGGGAUCGUCCUCAGGCUUGGCAACAUCGCUCGGUUGGAACUUAAUUACUGCAUCCCCAUGGGAGUACAGACGGGCGACAGGAUAUGUGAUGGUGUCCAAUUUGGAGCUGGGAUAAGGUUCCUGUAGCCGACACCCCUACAGGAGAAGCUCUGGGACCGGGGCAGCAGCAAGGCGCCCAUGCCACUCACUGUCUCGAGGAAACAUGGCUCAGCGAUUCUUUGACUGCAGACCCUGUGGGAAACCCUGUCAAUAAAUGUUAAAGACACACU